ACCUCUGUGGCGCAUGCGCGGUGGGCCCGCUUCCACCAGCGAGGGCGGCCAUUUUGUUUUUCAUUCCCUUUCCAAGGGUACGGCUCUAGUUCUGAGGGGAGACCCAGGAUGCUUCCGUUGGCGAAGGGCGCCUUUGGCCGCGCAGCCCGCAGCAUCCAGCUUUCUGUGGCGAGACAAGUCCAUCACAAGCAUGGACCCGACUUCCAUGACAAGUACGGCAACCUGAUUCUCCUCGGAGGAGUGGCAUUCUGCGUCUCCAUUUGGAGCUACGUCGUGACGCAAACGGGGAUUGAGUGGAAUUUGUCUCCCGUCGGCCGGAUCACGCCAAAACCGUGGAGAGAGGAGUGAAGAUGCCUUUGGAAACCUUCUCUACGAAGUUGGGAACAGCCACGGACUUGUACACUUUCACUGGAACGUCCCUAUGGCACGCCUAGGAUGCCAGAGUUGUCUCUAUUACCUGUGAUGUAAUAAAUGUAUUUAAAAUUAA